AAUUACAGUUGACGACGGUGGCUUUGGGAGAAGAGAAGGGGAAAGGACGGACGUAAGGCGGUUUGGCAAUGGAGUAUUAAGGAGUCAGUGGAACAGCAAAAGGUGUCGAGACUCACUGACGAAAGCUCCAAAGGAAACGACAGAGACACAGAGAAACAUAGAUCGAGUGAGGAACGUUGCGCUUUUUUCUUAGCUCUACAACGACUCACUGAGAACUCGGCAGUCUAAGGCUGCUGAUGUUGUUGGGGUUUUGUCUGGGAGAUGGGUGCGAUCGUAAGGAUCCUUUAGCUGUAGCGCUUACCCUCUCUCACCUCCUCCUCCCUCUCCCUCACUGUCUCUCCCUACCGUCUUCCCAAAGCUGGCAUCGACAGGUUGGGUUCUUCUUUCGUAUAUUAGGUGCAGGCCCACCCGAAGCUUUCUCUAUCUGCUUCCCUCCAACGAAAACCCAAACCCUCUUCUUCCGCCGGUUGUGCUUCUCCUCUUGAAACAGUCUCAGGUCGAAGAUCUCUACUUUGUCCUCGGCCGUGCUGUUGAUCACCUUGCAAGAUCCGAGCUUAAGUAGCAGUGAUAAUUCCCUGUGCUCCUUGUGUUCCUUUUAGAUGUUUUAAUCUCAGAGAGGAUUGUGUUGGUGGUGGUUUAAGAGCUGAGGUAAUGGGUGUUUUGGAUACAUGGAGUUGGACGUUCAGAACUUUUGGAAGAAGCGGCAGGAGAAGCACAAGAAGCGGGCGGCAAAAGGAAUCUGAGGUCAACAAAAUCUACUACUAGCCGUAAGUCCGUAGGAUCGAAGGCUGGAACAGGAAUGUAAGACUAAGGAGAAGGAAUUAGUAUCUUCCGCAUUCAAUUAGAUUCAUCAUAUGCACCACCAGCUUGUGUUUUCCUCCUUCGUCUUCAGCUGCCACGGCUUCGUCGUCCGAGUACGUCCGCCUUCCUGAGAGGGAUGGGGAAGGGUCAUAGCCAUCACGGCCUCAGUUACAACCAGCUCAGUCUCCACGACCAUCAACAAAGGCCGCAGAACCGUUCGUUGAACGACUGGGUGCGGGGCGGCUCGGUCGGGGAGAUCGUAGAGGUGCAUGCCGGCCACAUCGUGCGGUCCACCGGCCGCAAGGACCGCCACAGCAAGGUGUGCACCGCCAAGGGCCUUCGGGACCGCCGCGUCCGCCUCUCCGCCCACACUGCAAUCCAGUUCUACGACGUCCAAGACCGCCUUGGCUACGACCGUCCUAGCAAGGCCGUCGACUGGCUCAUUAAGAACGCCAAGGCCGCCAUCGACAAGCUCGCCGAGCUCCCUCCCUGGACCCCCUCUGCUUCCAACCUCACCGCCCCCCACACUGCAUCUUCCUCCUGCCGUCCUCCGCCGUCCGAUCAAUUCCCCUCCACCGAGCAGAACAUGACGGAGUUUAGCGGGGAGCCAUUUGCAGUUGGGGCUCCGCUUUUGGACUCCGAAAUUCUUGCCGAUGUCAUCAAGUUCUUCUGCCCCAUGGUGGCUUCUGCUACUGCGGCUCCAUUUGCUACCCCUUCCAUCAGAUUAGACAGCUACUUGUCAGACCUUCCAUCACGAACCAGUAGCCAAGCUCAAGACCUCCGCCUCUCCCUCCAAUCCUUCCAAGACCCAGUCUUUCACACUCUGGAAUCCGGCCACCAGCACCACCACCACGCCCAAUGCCUCCGGAGCCCAAAUGCUGCCACGUCCGAUGCUCAUUUCUUGAGCUCCGCCAAUUUGGCAUUCAACGCAGCCUCUGUCUCAACCGGUUUGGCCGAACAGAACCAGCGGAUUGUCCCAUGGAAUGUGGUGGAAUCGAGUGGCGGAGGUGGAGAAGAAGCGUUCGGUUCGGCGGUGCCACUGCACUCGGUGCUCGGCCAAAGCCAGCUUUUCUUUCAGAGGGGGCCCCUUCAGUCCGGUAACUCGCCCGUGGUUCAUGCCCGGGAGGACACUGUCGACGCCGGAGCUGAUCACCGGGUGCAAACAAAGGUUCAUCCACGCACGUCACCCAUAGGAUUCACGUCCGUUGCCAGUGUCUCAGGGUUCCACAUCCCUGCACGAAUCCAAGGGGAAGAGAAACACGACAGCAUCACCGACAAGCCUCCCUCUGCUUCCUCUGCUCCUCGCCAGUGAUGGAUUUGAAGAUGAGUGCCUCUUUUGGUGAUCUUCAUUCAUUGCUUUACCAUUUCGUGUUCUUCUCGACCAUAGAUCGCACACCAACAGACUAGUACAACUUUUAUGUCCCGUUUCUGGUUGAAAUCUCAAGAAAGGAUUUCGUCAAGCACAUUCUCUAUGACUCCCUGACAGAUAAGAUGGAAGUGGAUGAUCAACGCUACCGAUUCUUAGAUGCGCAUAUGGCUUCGUAGAAGAAGCCCCCAGCUCGGUUCCUCAUUUCUCACUAUCAUCAACAAGACAACAACCAGUUGAAGAUCGAAACCAACUUUGUAAGCUAUGAUUGCUUCCUAUAUUUUAUUUGUUGUUCAGAUGUACAUCUUCCAUGUAUCUAUCGAAGUACGUGUAGGUUGGAUGUGCAACUAAAACUCCGCUGCGUGCCUGCAGAAUAAUCAUGGAAAUGGCAAACAGCCGUAGAAAUAUACCUUCAUAGCACACUGUUUAGCUACUUUCCAAAUUGUAUCAUCUCUCUCAUAAGAUAUAUAUACUUUAUGUUCUUUUCUAGGCGAAGGCUUAGCUCGACCUAUAUGUAUCUAUCCCUUUCCUUCUAAUUCCUAAAUAUAAAGCACGAAUCAACGGAGAUUCCUAUGUGGAUUAGAAGAAGAAAGGGUUACCGUUCUUAUCGCACCGAGUCGAGUCAACUCUAUGUGGAAAGAUAGAAAUGCCUCCACGGAUGCCAUCACUCGCAGAUAAACAGCAAGGUGAGUUCUCCACGGCGAAGCGAUCCUUAUGGCAGACCAAACAGCCUGCUGCAAUCUGAAAGCCACCAUCGAGCUCAUCGGCCUCUCCUUCAGCGGCUUCGUCGUCCUCUUUGUAGUCUUCGUCUACGUCCGGUACCGUCUCCUGCCUCAGCUUCCUCCCGCAGGCCCUGCCCAUGACCGACGACCCAAGGCUGGCCUCGAUCCCUCCGCCGUCGCCGCUCUCCCUUCCUUCGCCUAUCGCCAUGGUGACGGCGACGGCAAGGGCAAGUGGACGUCGCUGGACUGCGCCGUGUGCCUGAGCACGGUGGAGGAAGGGGAGACGCUGCGGAUGCUGCCGGCUUGCCAGCACACGUUUCAUGCGGAGUGCAUCGACCGGUGGCUGCUCUCCAGCUCCACGUGCCCGGUCUGCCGGACCGAGGCCGAGUCCAGCGAGAGGAGUGUUGCGACUUCGUCUGCCUCCUCAGCGACGACCAUCGGAGAGACGUCGUCAUCGUCGUCGUUUCCAGGGAUGUGGUCGGGAAGAAGGCCACUGCAAGGGGAUGGAAUUCGAGACUUGGAAAAUAAUCUGUAAACAUCUUGCAAUUAUUUCCUAUUUGUUGUUGCGUAUUGCAAAAAAAAGGAAAAUUAAUAGCACAAUUCCAGUCUUGAUGUUCUAAUAAACAAAGAGUUCUAUAC